GAACGCGCGCGGGCGGCGGGGAAGACAUUAUUAAUGAUAUCAUUGACGCCAUAUGCUGCCCUUCUUUCCCAGCCAGCCAAGUUCGACCGCUAGCGAGUCCUGGCCUAUUGUCCUGACUGAUGUGGAUUGGAUUAUUGCGACUGGUGAAGGAAAGAAAAUCAACAGGCUAUCCCAGUUCAAAACAGUUCCAGGUGGUAGCGUUGGAUGGUUUGCCUGCACCUAUUCUGAUGCACAACAGCCGGGAUAUGGCACACAUCAUGAUAAUUGGAAACCUCAAGUUUGAUUUUAAUCUUGUUACGUCUUGUUAGAUUCAGUAUUUGUGGCUUUCGGCGCGACCUUUCCUGUUGUAGCAGUAUUUUAAAAAAAUUUAGUUGUAUACAGAGGUAGAGGUUGAAAAGAAGAAAGUGUCUAAUUACG